AUGACAAGCAUUAAUUUUGAAGCGUUGUAUCAAGAAGAGAGAAAGAAGGCAUUCGCUCAGAUCAAGAAGAGCAACAAGAAAAAUUCCGAAUCUUCCACCUCAUCCAAGCCUUUGAGUGAUGAUGGUGAUAGCAGUAUAUUCCGAAAGAGGAUUAAAAAGAUUGAUUUAUUAAACUAUAAAUUGGACAUAGGAAUUGAUUCUAUUUAUUAUAUCGGAGAGUUUAUUUCGAUAGAGGAAGAAAAGGCAUUAGUGGAUGCCAUUUAUCGAGAUGAUGAUGAUGAUGGGAAGAAGGAAUUAAAUUAUGGAGAAAAGAAAUUCUUGGGUUUCACUGAGCAAAAGAAGAUUGAAAAAUUUAGGAGGAGUUCCUCACCCGAGUGGCAUGUGCUCUAUCAAAGUGGAUUAGAUAUUGAACAAUUUGUGCAACAAGAUGAAGAACCAUCAUUAAUGGAAUCACAGGAUAGUGUCCAUCCAGUACUCUACAAUCAAAGUCAUCAUCUGAAAGAAACAGCUCGAUACAAUCAAGUUCUUUUAAACGAAUAUCAAUGUGGAAAAGGAAUUCGACCUCACAAGGAUGGUCCUCUCUAUUUGGAUGUUGCUCUCGUUUUAUCACUUCAAUCCACAUGUCUUAUUGAUUUCUAUGCAGAAAAACCAAAAACAGAAUUCGAGGAAAUUCCAGAAAAUAUUUCAUGCAGUGUAUUUCUUCAACCUCGAUCUUUAUUAAUAUUUUGUGGAAAGGCCUGUACAGAUUAUUUUCAUGGCGUUCGAGAUUCUGAUAGAGAUGAAAUUGAUGCUUCCAAAUGUAUGAACAUGAGUCAAGCAAAUGUUGAGCAUGCACAACUCAUUCCAAGAGGUCCAACUCGUCUCUCAUUGACCAUAAGAAAAGUCAGACAUGUGGUGUCUGAAAAAGUAUUCACCAGCCACGAAGCAGAAGAAAUUGAGAGAAGAAGAAAGUGGUGGGAGCAAGCGAUCGAUAAUUAA